CAAUCGAAGACAUUUAUUUUAUUUAUGUGGUACUAAUUAUGCCAAAAGAAAAUGACAUGGUAGAUGAAUGUUAGGUCUAUAAAUAUUGUGAGUGAAAAAACGAGAAAUUUAAAAUAUGAUUCAGCUGUGGAUAUUUUUCGUUAUACUAAUGCUAACAAGAGCUCAGGUACCCAGUCUUGGAUCUUGUCCUGAUUAUGUACCUAUGGCAGAUUUCGAUAUUGAUAGUUUUUUGGGAAAAUGGUACGAAGCUGAACGAUAUUUUCAAUUUAUGGAAGUUGGAUCGAGAUGUGUUAUUACAGACUAUGCUAGAGGCCCUAGUGGUAAAAUAUAUGUAUCUAACGAGGUUACGAAUCGAUUAACUGGCGUCAAAAGAAUUAUCGAAGGUCAUUUAGAACUUUCUGCUCGAGCUGGUGAAGGAAAAUUCACCGUGAAGUAUAAUACUUCUCCAUUAAAUACCCAAGCACAUCUUAUUGUACUUGGUACUGAUUAUGACAAUUAUGCUGUUUUAUGGAGUUGUAGUGGAUUUGGACCUAUACACACACAAAGCGUUUGGGCUAUGACAAGGGAACGUUUGCCAGCUAAUCCAGUCCUUCAGAUGAUUUACGGUAUUUUAGAUGAAUAUAAAAUAAGCAGAAACUUUUUCAUUAAGACGGAUCAAGAAGGUUGCGCUAUAGCAGCAUCGGACAUCAAUGCAGCUAAUGGAAUUACAAGUAUAUCCACAAUAGUGGAGUCAACAGGAUUACCUCAACGAAAUACACAAACUUCAAGUAGAGAAAUUGAAGAGGAACAAAUUAAGCUUGCAGAUAAAGGCAAAUCUACUGAUAAUGAUUCCAGUAGUAAUAGCCACAAAACCAAUAUUAAACAAGAACGUCACUCUGUCGAUAUAAACGCGGAAACAAAUAAAUAUGCUACCAAUUUAGAAAUGCAGCGAGAAAAUGUUCAGCCAGAAAGUCUUGUACAAGAUAAACUCAUAAAUCAAGUAAAGACUAUUCCUUUUGUCUCCGAGCCUGUGAAAAUUGAGCUAGUUAAAAACCCAGUUAUAAGUGAAUCAGGCAAUAUACAAAAUGCUUGGAAAACUGUAUUAACUGUUACUGAAGCUGAUAUUGAGUCAAAAACCGUCUCAGGAAACAAAGAAAAGACCAUAGAAGUAGGCGAAACAUUGAAAAACAAUAAGAAAUUAACAGUAAUAUAAUAAAAAAAAAUUUUGCAAUUGAAUCAUCCCCAUAUGGUGAUGCUACUCAAGAAGCAAAAGUAUCAGUAAUAAUCUCUAAAAAAUUAAAGAAAAUAUUAUAGAAGAGAAAUUUCAAUAGUUUUUAUUCUUAAAAAAUAAAUCAAGCUAAAUUUAUUUAUUAUAGGUAUAUACCAUUUAUGUAUUAUGUAUAAAGUACAAAAAAUGACUACUUAGCUAGUAUGUAAUUCGAU